AUGCCUCCCAAGAUCGAUCCAUCAGAGAAAGUCGAAGUUUUCCUCCGUGUUGCUGGAGGUGAGACUGGUGCUAUGUCCACCCUUGCCCCAAAGAUGGGUCCCCUCGGUAUCUCCCCAAAGAAGGUUGGUGAUGAUAUCGCCAAGGCUACUCUGCCAUGGAAGGGUAUGAAGGUCCAGGUCAAGCUGACCAUCCAGAACCGUGUUGCCGUCGCUGAGGUCCUCCCAACCGCCUCUGCCCUGGUCAUCAAGGCCCUCAAGGAGCCACCCAGAGACAGAAAGAAGGAGAAGAACAUCAAGCAUCACGGCAAUGUUCCCUUCGAGGAGAUCGUCAAGAUCGCCAAGACCAUGAGACCAAAGUCCAUGUCCAUCGACUUCAAGGGCACCGUCCUUGAGAUCCUCGGCACUGCCAACUCCAUCGGUUGCAAGGUCAACGGAAAGAGCCCAAGAGAGAUCCAGCAGCAGAUCCAAGAUGGUACCCUUGCUGUUUCUGAAUAA